UAUUCCCACCCUGUUGUGAUGACUUGUCAUGUUCAGUACAAAGUAACCAUAUGAAAUGGCAGGAAAGACACAGCUGUUGAAAGUAGUAAUACUGGGAGAUGGCGGCGUUGGCAAGAGUUCACUUAUGAAUCGGUUCAUAAGCAACAAAUUUGAUUCCCAGUCCUUUCACACUAUAGGUGUUGAAUUUUUGAAUAAAGAUAUCGUCAUCGAUGGACAUAGUUACACUCUACAAAUUUGGGACACUGCGGGACAGGAGAGAUUCAAAAGUUUACGAACACCAUUCUAUCGCGGUUCGGAUUGUUGCCUUCUAACGUUCGGUGUGGAUGACGUGCAGAGUUUUCAUAAUUUGAACAUGUGGAAAAAGGAGUUUUUAUAUUACGCCGAUGUCAAGGACGGGGACAGUUUCCCAUUUGUGGUGCUAGGAAACAAAGUGGACGUGCCACCGGAAGAGCGCCAGGUAACAGCCGACGAGGCCAAGUUGUGGUGUGAGGCUAAUGGUAGGUCUCCAUAUUAUGAAACCAGCGCUAAAGAUGCCAUCAAUGUUGAUGAGGCAUUCACUGCAGCUGUGAAGUUAUUAUUGAAGAUGGAGGAACGAGUCGAGAUGAGAUCCGGAUAUACAGACACUGUCAAUCUGCAUAAGAAUCGAUCGCGAAAAGAUCAUUGUCAAUGCUGAACAAGACGUGUAUGUGCUGUUCUGAUACAAUUCAGGGUUCUUACUGGUAAAGGAAUUUUCAGACAUUGAACAUUAGUAGGAAAGCCUGAGCGAAUACUGGCAUGCACAUUUACUGAGGCUUUUGGGGAUGUAUUACUUUCAAGAGAAUUUACAUUGUAAUAUACCCAUAUAUGUGUACAAUAAAAUUGUAUUACAUUUGAUUCCUUUACUUAAUGGGAGUGAUGCUCUAGAAAAUGUUUUAUAUCUUUUUUUGAAGCAUGGAGUGAGCUCAUAGUUAGGGAGCAUGCAGUCGGAAUCACUUUUCGUGAUUGGUGAUUUCUAUAUUUUUA